AUGAAAUUCCCGGCCUCCGUGCUGGCAUCCGUGUUCCUGUUUGUGGCCGAGACGACAGUGGCGUUCUACCUGAGCAGCACCUACCGCUCGGGCGGGGACCGCAUGUGGCAGGCGCUGACGCUGCUUUUCUCCUUGCUGCCCUGCGCGCUUGUGCAGCUCACACUCCUCUUCGUGCACCGCGACCUCAGCCGCGACCGCCCACUGGUACUGCUGCUGCACCUGCUGCAACUCGGGCCUCUCUUCAGGUGUUUUGAAGUCCUCUGCAUCUACUUUCAGUCAGGCCAAAAUGAAGAGCCUUAUGUCAGCAUCACUAAGAAGCGGCAGAUGCCAAGAAAUGGCCUCUCUGAAGAGAUUGAGAAGGAGGUGGGCCAGGCAGAAGGCAAGCUAUUUACCCACCGAUCUGCAUUCAGCCGGGCUUCAGUGAUCCAGGCUUUCCUGGGCUCAGCUCCCCAGCUGACUCUACAGCUGUACAUAAGCAUCAUACAGCAGGAUGUCACUGUCGGAAGAAGCUUCUUCAUGACUCUAUCCCUGUUGUCCAUUGUGUAUGGAGCCUUGCGCUGCAACAUCCUAGCCAUCAAAAUCAAAUAUGAUGAAUACGAGGUCAAGGUGAAGCCUCUGGCCUAUGUCUGUAUCUUCCUCUGGAGGAGCUUUGAGAUUGCCACUCGAGUUAUAGUCUUAGUCCUCUUUACCUCCGUCCUGAAGAGCUGGGUGGUGAUGGUCAUACUCAUCAACUUCUUCAGCUUUUUCUUAUACCCUUGGAUCCUCUUUUGGUACAGUGACUCCCCAUUCCCUGAGAAUAUAGAGAAGGCUCUCACUCGGGUGGGUACUACCAUCGUGCUGUGCUUCCUCACUUUACUGUAUACUGGUAUCAACAUGUUCUGUUGGUCAGCUGUACAGCUGAAAAUUGACAGCCCCGACCUCAUCAGCAAGUCCCAGAAUUGGUACCAGCUACUGGUGUACUAUAUGAUGAGAUUCAUUGAAAAUGCCAUCCUUCUCCUUUUGUGGUAUAUUUUCAAGACCGACAUCUAUAUGUAUGUGUGUGCACCUCUGUUGAUUCUACAGCUGCUCGUUGGGUACUGCACAGCCAUUCUCUUUAUGCUUGUGUUCUAUCAGUUUUUCCACCCUUGCAAAAGGCUCUUUUCCACCACUGUUUCUGAAGGCUUUCAAAACUGGCUUAGGUGUUUUUGCUGGGCCUGCAGGAGGCAGACAUCCUCUGAGUCGGUAGGAACAACAGACCUAAAGUCAUCCAGAAGUGGAAAUGAGAUACCUUCUAACGCAGGAGUAAGUGAGGAGCCCUCUCAGUUCUUGAAUGCUGAUGACAUAUGCUCUGCUUAAGGGGAUCCAAGGUCUCUCAGGGCACAGGCAUGUUGUUUUCUGGGUUUCAUACCCACUCUUCAUACAAGAAAUGAGCCCUGCACAGGGAAAAAGUCAGGAAGUUAGCUGUCAACACUUUGUGACCUGCUUCUCUGUAUACAGUUCUUGGGUAUUUAGAACUAUGGGGAGAAGCCAGGGAAACCUCUGAGUGUUGAAGAAGGGCACUACAGUUUCCAGGUGACCAUGUUACAUUUUUCUAGGCAUUACUGGCUUUUUCAGCAACAAGGUAUCCCUGCAAUCUGAAUUGGGCUAGUUAGAUCCAUAAGGUAGAAUGAGGAGAGAGGCUUACUUGUUUUCUAGACUGUGUUGGUCUGGGUAGCCUUAUGAUUUAUUAUUCCUAAACAUAGUUUUCACCCUAGAAC